AUUUGUCCACGGGACUUGUGACCCAGAAGCUGACUUAGUGACAUAUCAUCAAAGAAGAGAAGCUCAUCCAGAUUACGAAUAUGUGUGUUCGUAUUGCAAAAAUCUAACCCAGUCUGGACGGCAAUUAACUUCAAAACGAUCAAGUACUGACGAUCCAUCGGAGCUGUCCGUGUCCCAAGAAUCUCUCUACGAUGACACUUCAGAAUUCGACCUGCCUUCGCCGGACGAAUUCGCCCGUAACAUGGGCCUGGGCAAGGGCAAACCUUACAGUGCCAGUAAAAUAGCCAAGAAGCGAUUAGGGUUCUCCACGGGCAUGCCCGGAAGACCCAAAGGAACGGGUAAAGCGUUGCCGGGUAAAGUGGGGUUCAUGAAGCGCGCCCGUCUCACCGAGUUCGGCCGCAAACGGGGCCCCAAAGCUAAGAUGAGGGGGGUUUUUGGAGUGCCCGGUGUCGGGUUACAGAGGCCGGUCUCCGACGGGAAGAACGACGAGGAGCCGGGCGUCGAGAAUCGUCUAGUGUUGUGUUCGGCGAAGGACAAGUUCGUUUUGACGCAGGAUAUUUGCGUGAUGUGCGGCGCUCUGGGGACCGACCAGGAGGGGUGUUUGAUUGCUUGCGUUCAGUGCGGGCAGUGUUAUCAUCCGUACUGCGUCAACGUUAAGGUCACCAAGGUCAUCUUGCAGAAGGGGUGGAGGUAA